AAGCGACGGUAAAGGAAACACUACUGCAUCGAAUACCGACCGACUCGGUUGUUUAUAUCGAAACACGUUCUUAACAAAAACAUAUCGAAAAAUGCAAAAAUUUUAUAAAUUUUUCGCGAUUUUUUUCCUAGUUUUACAAGUGAAUAGUAUAGAGUUGUUUAGGACCCCUAAAGUGCCGCGGUUUGAACACGAAUGGUGGGGACCUGCGCAUCUGAAGUAUAGUAAUGAUACCAGCAUCAGACCCUUUGAAGUGCACUUUUCAGAUGAGAUGAUCCUAGACCUAAGACAUCGUCUAAAGAACACAAGAUCAUGUACUCCGCCACUAGAGGGCGUGAACUUCGAGUAUGGGUUCAACACGGACCACCUGCAGGGCUGGCUGGACUACUGGGCAGACCACUACCCGUUCCGGCACCAGGAGGCGUUCCUCAACCAGUAUCCUCAGUUCAAGACCAACAUCCAAGGACUUGAUAUACACUUCCUCUGGGUGAAACCCCAUGUACCAUUCACAGUAGAGACGGUGCCGCUCCUACUGCUGCACGGCUGGCCGGGCUCCGUGCGGGAGUUCUACGAGACCCUGCCCAUGUUGACCGCUGUGUCACCUCACAGGGACUUUGCGCUGGAGGUCAUAGCACCUAGCCUGCCAGGCUUUGGGUUCUCUGACCCCGCUGUUCGUCCAGGAAUGGGACCUUCGGAGAUGGCCGUGGUGCUAAGGAACCUGAUGCACAGACUUGGUUUCCGUAAGUUCUACGUGCAAGGCGGAGAUUGGGGAGCUGUGAUUGGUCAAGAUAUGGCAACCAUAUUUCCUAAGGAAGUUCUUGGCUAUCACACAAAUCUUGCGGUGUCGUUCGCACCUGCAUCGUUAGCGCUGUGGGUGGUAGGUGCCGCCUUCCCCCCACUGGUGGUAGAACCAGAACUUGCCGACAGAAUGUACCCACUCACAGAACAUCUCUACUGGCUCGUGAGGGAGACUGGAUACUUCCACGAGCAAGCCACCAAACCUGAUACUUUAGGAGUAGCGAUGGCAGAUUCCCCAGCUGGUCUGCUACCUUACAUCUUCCAGCUGUUCUCAUCAGGCAGCCGAAGGAAGUUCUACUACAGGCACGACGGUGGUUUCGAUGAGCUGUUCAGACGAGACCAACUGAUCGACAACCUCAUGAUCUACUGGAUGACCAACAGCUUCACCACCUCCAUCAGGAUAUAUGCGGAGUAUGCAAAUCUGAGGAAUUUCGGGAUGGGGAUAUUUGCGAUACCGACACCAGUUCCCACGUGGACUAUCCACGCCAAAGACGAGAUCAUAUACCAGUCCCCGACGCUACUAAGGCACAAGUUCCCAAACCUCAUCAACUCCACAGUCCUCAACACAGGAGGACACUUCUUGGCGCUGGAGUUGCCGCGAGUGUUUGCUGACGAUGUCCUCACUGGAGUCUCCGCAUUCAGACGCUGGCAUUACCAUAAUAAGCUCAGGAGUAAUAAAUAUGAAUUGUGAUUGAUUUUA